ACUUAAGGGUUUGGAAAGCCUUCAGAGAAGCCAGUACAGCGCUGCACCCCUCCGCCAUCAAAAACCCAAAUAUCAAUUCUCUCGAUCCACAAAGCCGUUGAAGAGGACAUUUUCGCUUAUCAAUCGACCCUACAAGAAGGUCGAUUUUCGGUAUUUUCGAGAGCGUUGGAGCUGAAACGAAGGAGAAAACCAGAUAUCCCCCUUUUUUCCCACAUCCGUACAGCUACAAAGCUCGAAUUUUCAGUUUUUGAUUGAUCGAAUAUCUUCUUCGGCUAGAUAGCGGUGAAGAAAGAAAAAUAUGGUUGGGACCGAUGCCAAAGUCAUCGAAGGGGCUUCUAUAGAACUGAAGCAGCUGCAACUUGAUCAACAUCAAGGUGCCAAAGAUGGUGUUGUGGAGUCAGUUGAUACAGUGGAGAAAAAGAAAGUAGAAUUCUCCGAAGGAGAAACCAUAUCUUCAAAUCCUAGAGAUGUAAAUGGGAAGGCUGGCAUGUCUUCAUCACCUUUGCAAGAUGAUGAUGAAGAUGGCCAAGGGGAUGAUACAAUAUUAGAUGGAUUGCCAGAAACUGCAAAGAAGAAGAAGAAGAGAAGCAAAAGCAAGAAAAAGAAAGAAACUGUGAAGCAAACUGAUCCACCAUCUAUUCCAAUAACCGAACUGUUUCCUUCUGGGGAGUUUCCCGAGGGUGAAAUCCAACAAUACAAUGAUGAUAACCUCUGGAGGACAACAUCUGAAGAAAAGAGGGAACUAGAGCGACUUGAAAAGCCUAUGUACAAUGCAGUUCGUAGGGCAGCAGAAGUUCAUCGACAGGUUCGCAAAUAUAUGAGGGGUCUCUUGAAGCCGGGAAUGUUAAUGAUCGACCUCUGUGAAACCUUGGAAAAUACAGUUCGAAAAUUAAUUCAAGAGAAUGGCCUCCAAGCGGGCAUUGCCUUCCCGACAGGGUGCUCGUUAAAUUGGGUUGCAGCUCAUUGGACCCCAAAUUCUGGAGAUAAGACCGUACUUCAGUACGAUGAUGUCAUGAAGCUGGAUUUUGGAACUCAAGUUGAUGGUCUUAUAGUCGAUUGUGCAUUUACAGUGGCAUUCAAUCCAAUGUUUGAUCCCUUGCUUCAGGCUUCACGGGAGGCUACAAAUACAGGAGUUAAGGAAUCGGGAAUAGACGUGCGUCUGUGUGAUGUUGGUGCUGCAAUUCAGGAAGUCUUGGAAUCAUAUGAAGUGGAAAUCAAUGGGAAGGUGUUUCAAGUGAAAAGUGUUCGGAACUUGAAUGGACAUAGCAUAGGACGCUAUCAAAUUCAUGCUGGAAAAUCUGUACCAAUUGUAAAAGGUGGUGAGCAAACAAAGAUGGAGGAGGGUGAAUUUUUUGCUAUCGAGACUUUUGCAUCAACAGGGAAAGGAUAUGUUAGAGAGGAUUUGGAAUGUAGCCAUUACAUGAAAAAUUUUGAAGCUGGACACGUACCACUAAGGUUGCCUAGAGCGAAACAGCUACUUGCCACAAUCAACAAGCACUUCUCGACACUUGCAUUUUGCAGACGGUAUUUGGACCGCCUUGGAGAGUCGAAAUACCUAAUGGCACUAAAGAACCUCUGUGAUGUUGGUAUUGUUCAGCCAUACCCUCCUUUAUGUGAUAUUAAGGGCAGCUACGUGUCUCAGUUUGAGCACACUAUCCUACUCCGGCCUACCUGUAAAGAGGUCAUAUCCAGAGGUGACGACUUUUGAGUCCUAUUUUCUUGAUAUAUGUACGUAUCGCUUUUUUUUAUUUUAAAAAGCUUGUUUUGUGGAUUGCUUGUCAAGAAACCUCAGUCCAGAUGUCCUUUUGUUUUGAGAAGUAUUAAGACUGUUAGAGCACAUGAUAAAGAUAGCAUGCAUAGAUGAGGAAUCCAACGGAUUAAUCCGGGAAGUGUGUUACAUUAGUUUCCAUGUUCUCACCAUAUAAUUUAUCCUAUAUGAUUUGUAUGGUGGAAAACCUUUUACAUGGCAAAA